UUCUUCUUUACGGCUGAUGAUGACAUGUCAACAAAAAACAUGGCAACCAGCAGCAACUAUUGGGAAGAUUUGCGUAAACAGGCCAGACAGCUGGAGAAUGAGCUGGACCUCAAGCUGGUGUCCUUCAGUAAGCUCUGCACCAGCUACAGCAGCAGCAGCAACCGGGACCAGCGGUCAAGAGACAGCAGGUCUGAUUCUGUUGGCUCAUCCCAAGACAUGCUUGUUUCCAUGACAACUGAGCUGGAGCAAUUAUUGGCCAAUCUCACUGCAGUCAAUGACAAAAUGGCAGAAUACACAAACAGUCCAGGGGCUUCAUCACACAAUGCAGCGUUGAUGCACACCUUACAGAGACACAGAGACAUCUUACAGGACUAUACUCUUGAGCUCCACAAAACCAAGAGCAACUUCUUCAGCCUGCGAGAGCGAGAGGAUCUACUAGGCUCUAUUCACAGAGACAUUGAGUCUUACAAGAGCAGCGCAGGAGUAAAUAACAGAAAGACGGAGCUCAUCCUGAAGGAACAUGAACAUCUCAGAAACUCGGAUAGUCUUAUUGAUAAUGCAAUAAGUAUCGCCAUAGCUACCAAGGAGAACAUCACAUUUCAGCGUGGGAUGUUGAAGUCCAUUCAAACCAGGGUCACAACUUUGGCCAAUCGUUUCCCCGUCAUCAACAAUCUCAUCCAGAAAAUCAAUUUGCGUAAGAGGCGGGACUCCCUCAUUCUAGGCGGGGUGGUGGGAGUCUGCACCGUGCUCCUGUUGCUCUACUUUUUCCACUGAUUACUUGAGAACAUUGAAGAUAUUGUAAUUUACUCAAAAAAAGUAAAAGAAAAAAAUGUAUCACAAAAAAGAGUCUUUAUAGAAAUGAGUUGAACUGACCGGAGAGUGUAUUUAUUUUCUGAUUGAUGUUUCCAUCUUUGGAGUUGUAUAUUGCUGGUUGUAUUCUGUUGCAGUUAACGUAUUUCUCAAAGAUUUUUAUGAAGAGUUAACUGCUGAUAUCAUGCUUCUUUAUAGAGUGUUAUAAAGCGCCUAAUAAAACAAAGCUGUCAAGUUG